GGGGAGGCUGCAGUGUGGUGCUGGGCAGCAGGCAGAGCUGAGCAGGAGUCAGGUGAUUGAGAUGGAGGCACUUCAUCUCUGUUUUUCUCUGUCCAUCUUUUUCCUGAUCUCUCCCCUUUCUAUUUUUAUGCAGAACUUACAGGUGUUGUCUUUAAAUAUAAACAGGGGUAGAAGUGCUCAGAAAAGAGCUUUGGUGUCCGAGAUCUGUGGACAGAAAAGAGCACAUGUUAUCUUUUUGCAGGAAACACAUAGUGACAGCCUGAAUGAGACAGAUUGGGGUUUAUGAUGGGAGGGGCCACGGGUGCUCAGCCAUGGCUCUAGCCUUAGUGCUGGAGUCGCCAUCUUAUUUUCCAAAAAUAUAAAUGCAAAGAUCAUAUCCAGCACAGAGAUCAUGGCAAAAAGGGCUCUCCUGGUGAAGGCAGAGAUACAGGAGUUUAUUUUUAUUUUUAUUUAUAUUUAUGCUCAAAACAACGGUCCUGAGCGUUUGGCCCUUUUUCAAUCCUUAAAGCACGUUUUUAAUAGUAUUGAUCAGGGGUAGUGUGUUGUACUUGGGGGGGAUUGGAACUGUUGCACUGCCACUUUAGACAGGACAGGACAGGAGCCCCAUCCUCCGUCAUCCUCUUUUCUUUCUAAUCUGGUAAAAGAAGCUGACCUGGUUGAUGUGUGGAGAAUGAAGAAUCUUUUAGCAAGACAAUACUCAUGGGUAAAAAUAUUAGAUGGCGGAGUUAGUGCUGCCAGAUUAGAUCAAUUUUACAUUUCUGCUUCCUUUAACACACGUAUUACAAAAUGUCAAAUACUCCCUGUUGGUUUUACAGACCAUCAUUUACUUUUAACAGAAAUAGUUUUAUCGUCCACUCAAAAAUCAAGAUCUUUUUGGCACUUUAACGUUAAGCUUUUACAUGAUUUCAAAUUCUGAGAGAAUUUUAAAUUAUUUUGGGCGAACUGGAGAUCCAGCAAAGAGGAUUUCCCCUCCCUCACUCAGUGGUGGGAGGUAGGAAAGGGUCAGAUCAGGGUGUUCUGCCAGCAGUACACCUCUUUCUCCAGUGCAAAUGUCAGGAGAUCUUUGGAGAAGUUAGAGGCUGAGAUCAUAGACCUGGAGAGUGUGUCUGGGCCAAGAAAUGACUUAUUACGCUCAAAAAAGCAGCAACUAAACUGGUUUCUACAGGAGAGAGCUAAAGGAGCUUUAGUCCGAGGCCGUUUUACCUCUCUCAGAGACAUUGAUGCCCCAACUACUUUCUUUUUUAAUUUGGAACGAUCAGUGGCCCAGAGGAAGCACAUGGUGUGUCUCGGACUGCCUGACGGAAGUUUGACCUCUGAACCGGCCGUGAUGAGGAAGCAUGCAGUGUCGUUCUAUACUGACCUGUUCAAGGCAGAUGACUGUGAUGUGGAUGCUGCUGCAGAGCUUCUGCAAGAUCUUCCACAGCUGAGUCUUGGGGAGCGUGAGGCCUUGAGCUCGGACCUCUCCCUGGAGUAACUAACUGCUGCCGUGUCUCGGAUGGCCUCUGGCAAAAUUCCAGGCAUGGACGGAUUACCUGCUGAUUUUUCAAAAAAAUUUGGAACAUACUGGGCAACGACCUACUGGACGUUUUUAAAGAGUCUUUUAACACAGGAACUCUUCCUGCCUCUUGCAGGCGUUCUGUGAUCUCCCUGCUGCCCAAGAAGGGAGAUCUGACUCUACAAAAGAACUGGAGACCAGUAGCUCUUCUAUGUACAGAUUAUAAAAUUUUAUCAAAGGUUUUAGCAAAUAGACAAAGUAUUUAUUGAACGGUUGGUUGGUGCUGAUCAGUCAUACUGUGUCCCUGACAGGUCCAUGCUGGAUAAUGUAUUUUUAAUGAGAGACAUUUUUGAUGUGUGUAAUUUGUACAAAGUGAAUGUUGGAAUAAUUUCUAUUGACCAGGAAAAAGCGUUGGAUCGUGUAGAUCAUUCCUUUUUGUUUGCCACACUGAAGGCGUUUGGUGUCGGGGAGCACUUUCUAUCAUGGGUGAACCUAAUGUACAGUGAUGCAUGUUGUGUUGUGAAGGUGGGGGAGGGCUGAACUGUCCGAUACUGGUAAAGAGAGGGAUCAGACAGGGCUGCCCCAUCUCAGGCCAGCUCUACAGUAUGGCCAUCAAGCCUCUUCUGUUUAGGCUUAGAAACAGACUGAGGGGUCUCCGCCUGCCUGAACUGUCCCACAGCCCCCCUGUGAUUGUAUCAGCUUAUGCUGAUGACAUAAAUGUCUUUGUCCAGGGUCAGGGGGACAUUCAGGAGCUAGAGGGCAGCUUAGCACUUUAUGAGAAAGCUUCCUCAGCUAAAGUUAACUGGGGAAAGAGUGAGGCGGUUUUGACUGGCCAGUGGAACAGGGAAAACACUCCGAGUCUUCCUGGGAAUCUUACCUGGGGAAACAAAGGUUUAAAGGUCCUGGGAGUUUUUUUAGGGAGUGAGGACACAGAAAGGCAGAACUGGGAGGGAGUGCUGGGAAAGGUGCAAGACUGCAAGUGCUACCUCCACCACCGGGCCUAUUGGAGCAACUGCAGCGGCUGAUCGUGGACUUUUUCUGGUCGGGGGCGUCACUGGUUGCGGGUGCUGCGGGUGUCGCAGCUCAGCGGCUGCUGUACAACGUCUCCCUCUGCUGGUCGACUGUGGCCCGGCUGCUGCUCUGGAAGGCCGGGCAGCUCGGCCUCGAUAAGUAGCUGUUCCUGUUAAGAUCAUCUGACUUUGACUUGUCUGGUCUCACUCCAUUUUACUGCUCGGUGAUGGAUGCCUGGAGGACUCUCAGUUUCACUCGGCCUCCUGACCCUGAACCUGGUAUGUGGCUGUUUGAGGAACCAUUAUUUUCCAACUGUUUCCUGUCUGCCAGGACUGGUUUCUCUUCAGCCACCCUGAGAGGUAGGUUUGUGGAGGCCUGCGUAGUGAAGCUGGGCCACCUCAUGACUGCGUCAGUGGAGCGGUUGGCUGAAAUCUCGGGAAUCAGGUCAACCAGAGUGUUGCAGAACCUGGUGGAGGAGGUGCUACAGUCCCUAUCGGCUCCUCUCCGGGCUCACACUCAGAGUCGAAGUCUGGCAGACCAGUGGACUGAAGGCCACAACUAUGUUUUCCCCUCCCUGAGUGUGAGUCCGACUGUGGAGGGGUGGAGCGAGCGGAGUGGCCUGCUGCUUUCAAUGAAGACGCCAGCACUGGGAACAUUCGGCUCCUGUGGAGGGAAGCAGCUCUACUCCAGCUGCGUGAAGGUCCUGAACCAUCGGUCACUUGCAGGAGUCAGAGAGUUGAGGUGGACUGAGGUUUUUGGCUCAGACGUUUCCCCAAAGGUAGCUGACGGGUCCUGUAUAAGCCUCCUGUUGAGAAGAGGAUGGCUGACAUCCAGUGGAGGAUUAUACAUGGAGGAUUAGCCACAAACAGAUACCGAGCUCGCCCUGGACCCGAGCACUGGGGAGGGCUGUCCUUUCUGUUCAGUUUCUGAGACCGUAGAACAUCUGGUGGUGUCUUGUCCUCGAUUGGCUGCUCUGUUCAGGCUUGUGAAGGAGUGGGUGGAGGGUCUAGGAGAGUUUUUUUCUUUUCCCCUCUUUGUUUUUGGUCCCAACUAUUCACCAAAGAAGAGGAAAACCCAGGUUUUGAUAAAUUUCAUUUUUGCUAAUGCCAAACUAGUGAUAUGGAAGCGUAGGAAGAACAUGAGGUUGGGAGCAGGCUGGACCGAUGCAGUCCUGUGUCUGAGGGGUUUGGUAGAUGCCAGACUGAGGAUCGAGCACUCUUUUUUCAGACUCACCUACAAUAUAGAUGGUUUCAGGGUUGUUUGGGGCAUCAGGCAGGUCCUGUGCUCACUGGGGGACGACGGCUCUCUCGUGCUGAACCUUUAGCAAUAUUUAGCUAAAGGUUCAGCAAUAUUGAGUUUUUUAUUUAAGGAUUUGUUUUGAAUACUUUGUAUAAAUAAAGUUGCGUUAAAAGUAAAAAAAAGUCUUCUUCUUCUUCUUCUUCUUGAGUUUUUUGGCGAUUGGCAAACAACACAUUGGUGCAUUACCGCCACCAACUGGUGUGCAGUGUGGAUCAGUUGCUAUAUAUUUAAAAACAACAAACAAAAAAACGUAUAUCUUCUCAAUUACAUUAGUUUGUCUUUUUUAUGGUAUGAUAUAUCUAUAAAGAUGAAAGCUGUCCUCGUCACAUUUCACCUGUACAGCCGCUGUUGUUGUCUGCCCCCCAUUUGUUUCCAACUACACAACUCAUCACAUUUAUUUACUCUCUCUCCAAUUCUUGAUUAUAUCAUUUGAGUUCUACUUAAUAUUCUUUUAUUUGAGAAGAAACAUUGUCUUUGUCUUAUCAACAGAGAAUCGAAACCCCCAUGACCAUUCUUCUACUUUUAUAAUGGCCGCUGCAGUUUCUUGACAACAAAAUCCACAUUUCUUCCAAAUUGCCACAUCAUCCGCAGAAAGAGAAAACCUCACCCCAUUCCUUAUUUCCAUAAAAACAUCGUUUAUCAUGAUGGAACUCAAUAAAGGGCUUACUAUGCUUCUUUGAGGUGUUCCAUUAUACACAAUACAUUUUCCUGAAAAGUUCAUUCCUAUUCUGACUGUUAUUGAUGUUCCUUGUAAAAAGUCUUUAAUCCGCUUAUAUAUUUGACUUUUGAAACCUAAUUUACACAGUCUGAUUAAUAAUCCCUCUCCCCACAUCAAAUCAUAUGCCUUCUCUAUAUCAAGCGUUUCUAAUUUCAUGUUCUAAACAUAAAGCUGGAUCCAUGGUAUUUCUUCCUCUCCUGAAGCCAAUCUGGUAUUUGGAUAUAUAUGUCCUUUAUUUUCUAUAUGAUAUGUUAACAGCUCAUUUACCAUUCUCUCCAU